UGCUGAGAUCAGAGCUCAGACUAGUUUCCGUUAUAAGGAAGUGAAACUCACACAGUCACUGACACUGAGAGGAGAAAUGGCACAGAAAGGAGUUCAGCUGGACCGAGAAACUUUCUCUUGUUCCAUCUGUUUGGAUCUACUGAAGGAUCCGGUGACUACAGCCUGUGGACACAGCUACUGCAGGAACUGUAUUAAAAGUUUCUGGGAUGAAGAGGACAGGAAGGGAAUCCACAGCUGCCCUCAGUGCAGGAAGACUUUCACACCGAGGCCUGUCCUGGAGAAAAACACCAUGUUAGCAGCUUUAGUGGAGCAGCUGAAGAAGACUGGACUCCAAGCUGCUCCAGCUGAUCACUGCUAUGCUGGACCUGAAGAUGUGGCCUGUGAUGUCUGCACUGGGAGGAAGCUGAAAGCCAUCAAGUCCUGUUUAUCUUGUCCAGCCUCUUACUGUGAGAAACACCUCCAACCUCACUAUGAUGCAGCUCCAUUUAAGAAACACAAGCUGGUGGCCCCCUCCAAGAAGCUCCAGGAGAACAUCUGCUCUCGUCAUGAUGAGAUGAUGAAGAUUUUCUGUCGUACUGAUCAGCAGAGUAUCUGUUAUCUCUGCACAGUGGAUGAACAUAAAGGCCAUGAAACAGUCCCAGCUGCAGCAGAAAGGACUGAGAAGCAGAAGGAGCUCGAGGUGAGACGACUAAACAUCCAGCAGAGAAUCCAGGAGCGAGAGAAAGAUGUGAAGCUGCUUCAACAGGAGGUGGAGGCCAUCAAUGGCUCUGCUGAUAAAGCAGUGGAGGACAGUGAGAAGAUGUUCACUGAGCUGAUCCGUCUCAUCCAGAAAAGAAGCUCUGAUGUGAAGCAGCAGGUCAGAUCCCAGCAGGAAACUGAAGUGAGUCGAGUCAAAGAGCUUCAGGAGAAGCUGGAGCAGGAGAUCGCUGAGCUGAAGAGGAAAGACGGCGAGCUGGAGCAGCUCUCACACACAGAGGAUCACAACCAGUUUCUACACAACUACCCCUCACUGUCAGCACUCAGUGAGUCUACACACUCAUCCAGCAUCAAUAUUCGUCCUCUGAGCUACUUUGAGGAUGUGACAGCAGCUGUGUCAGAGACCAGAGAUAAACUACAGGACAUUCUGAGAGAGGAAUGGACAAACAUCUCACUGACAGUCACUGAAGUGGAUGUUUUACUGUCACCACCAGAGCCAAAGACCAGAGCUGGAUUCUUAAAAUAUUCACGUGAAAUCACACUGGAUCCAAACACAGCACACAGACGUCUGUUAUUAUCUGAGGGGAACAGAAAAGUAACAUCUAUGAAACAACAACAGUCUUAUUCUGAUCAUCCAGACAGAUUCACUGGAUGGGAAGAGGUCCUGAGUAGAGAGAGUCUGACUGGACGUUGUUACUGGGAGGUGGAGUGGAGAGGAGGAGUUGUUCGUGUAGCAGUCGCAUAUAAGAAUAUCAGCAGAGCAGGAAGCAGCCAUGAAUGUUUAUUUGGAAACAAUGACAAAUCUUGGGCAUUACGUUGUGACACAAACAGUUUUCAAUUUUGUCACAACAAAGUCCAAACUGUCCUCUCAGGUCCUCGGUCCUCCAGAGUAGGAGUGUACCUGGAUCACAGAGCAGGUAUUCUGUCUUUCUACAGCGUCUCUGAAACCAUGACUCUCCUCCACAGAGUCCAGACCACAUUCACUCAGCCGCUCUAUGCUGGACUUGGUCUUGGGUUGUAUAACAAAGACACUGCAGAGUUGAUUAAAGUCAAAUAGAGAAGACAGGUUCAUGUUGAUCCCUGACCAUUAUAUGUACUUGUGUAGUUUCUAAAUGAGGCUUUACAUUUUAGAAGCUGAGAAGUUCAGUGGUCCAUUGAUGUGUGAAAAUAAUAUUGCACUGAUUCAAACUGUACUUACAUUUAUAUACCUUACAUCAAUAUAAAUCUGAAUUUGUUCUUAUGGCUGAUAAUCAUGUGAGUUUAAAUGAUACUACUCUUCAUAUUCAGUAUGUUUGAAAUCUGUCAUCAGUCUGGUUAGUGGUUUUAUUCUGUAGUUGCUGUAGUGGGUUGUCAAAUGCAACAAUAUAUUGGAGCUGCAGUGAUUCAUCAGUUAGUCAAUGAUUAGAGAAUUGAUUGUUUUAUAAUUAUUUUAGUCACAUUUAAAGCUGGUUCCAGUUUCUGAAAUGUGAAGAUUGUUGAUUUUCUUGAUCAUUUAUGACUGUAAACUUAAUGUUUUUGAGGAUUGAACUUUUAAAAUGUAACAAAAAUUAAAUACUUAAUGUUUGACAAGUUUAAACGAGAACAUUGAACCUAUCCAGUCCAUUGAAUCCAGAGUAUUUGCUUUAGUAUAAAGAAAUGUCACAAGGUGGCGCUAUUUUAACAAAUACAAAGGGAAACACUAAAGUCUGUUAACCCUCAGACUCUUCUGCUGACUGUCAGCAAAUACAAAAAACUCAUCUUGGAGUAAGAGCUGACAAUGUUAAUACCAUAAACAUGUUGUGUAUAUCACAGUGUAAGUUUUAAACAUCAUAAGUAAGCAGGUUAUUAUAAUAUACAAAAAGCAAUAUUAGAAAUGAGUUCACUUCAAGUUCACAGCCAUCAUUCAGUAGUUGCUUAAAUUAAAUUAAUUUUCUUAUUCUGUUUUUAUGCAGACUUUGCCAUCAGUCUAUAUAAUAAACAGCUCAGAGCUCCAAAUUAUACAAGAACAACUAAAGAGCAUUAUCCAUUUGAACUUGUUAUUGUUACCAUUAUUACCUCGGCGUCUUUUGAACCAGUGAGUCGGGUCCUUCCCGCAGGACAACUCAAAUAUGUUUGGUGGGAGGAGUCUCAUGUUUGCUGCACGAGUCUCAACCACUUCACAUGCUUUUUCAUCUCCUUCCUGAUGUAACUGGUGCGUCUCCUCCAGCCCCAUGCUGUGCAGCCAAUUGGUUUUGUUUGCGUCAUUAUUUCCUGCAUCCACACCUGUGAUGAAUAUUCAAGAGUUUGGAGAGCUCUGCUAUGCAAAUUAACCACAUGCAAAAUGGAGGUGCACAUCCAUGAUGGGAGUCUCUAUUCCACCACAUCUGAAAGCUGCUCAGUGAAUAAACAAUUGAGAGAAAACUGAAACUGUCUGAAAAUGUCUACAAUCAGAUGCUUCCCAGCUUGUUCUGAUUGCUUCAUUUAACUCAGUCACUACUUGUUGAAAACCGGUUAUUUAAAUUCAGGCUGUCCUACACUGAAACAUCCGUAACUGCUCAUGGCAACUGUCAGCAAACCACUAAGCCCGUUCCUGAUUAUAUCAUUAACCUGGAUCACACUCUGACUCAUCAUCUAAACAGAUUUAUUUGUUGAUUGUGUUAAAUUUCACUGUCAGUAAGGAAUAAAAUAAAAAAGCAUUUUAAAGAGAAAGAAAAUGCUGAAAGUUACCUCAAUGUCACGAGAAGCAUCCAGUUUUGUAUCAAUAAAGUUAUAAAGCACCAGAAAUUUAGACUUAAUCUCUCCAGUGACGUUGAGUCGACAUCUUCCAACACUGAAGCCAUAAUCAGUGUUGACCUCACACAGGUACAGACCCGAGUCAUCAGUCCUCAGUCUGGACAGUUGAAGUCUGAUUCGUCCUUCUCUGAGGGCGUCUUUGUCACUCUGGACUCGUCCUGAAAACUUUGGAUCCUGAGACUCUGACACCUCAACACCUUCAUGAACAUGAUACACGACUGAGAUGUUAUCACUGAUAAAGAGUUCACAGAGGAUGUUGA